UUGCCCUGGGUCCUGGGUCCGCGUGGCUGAGAGCAGAGGAGGGGACAUGAAGAAGAGCCGGAGUGUCCUGGCUGUGACGGCGGACGAGAAGCCCAAGGACCUGCUGGAGCCCGGGCUCUGCAGCCGCUCCUACACCGCUGGCAGCAUGCUGGGCGCGGACCUGCGGCGUGGCCGGCGCCGCCUCUCCUCCAGCCUGCAGGUGCCACCGUGGAAACCCCUGGACCGGGCGCGAUCGCCGGAGCCCGACAGCGUCCAGAGGCCGACCACCCUGCCCCUGCGCAUCCCGCCCCGCAUCGCCAUCACCCACGCCGAGCCGGACAGCUUCGAGGUGGAGAAUGGCCCCUCCCCGGCCAGGAGCCCCCUGGACCCCCAGGCCAGCCCCGGCCUCGUCCUGCACCCCAGCUUUCCGGCCGGCCAGCGGCGCGAGUCCUUCCUGUACCGCUCGGACAGCGACUACGACCUGUCGCCCAAAACCAUGUCCCGUAACUCCUCCGUCGCCAGCGAGUCCCACACGGAGGACCUGAUCGUGACGCCCUUUGCCCAGGUGCUGGCCAGCCUGCGGAGCGUGAGGAACAACUUCUCCAUCCUGGCCAACGUCCCGACCCCAACGUCCAACAAGAGGUCCCCUGUGGGCAGCCAGUCGACCUUUUGCAAGGCGAUGCUGUCAGAGGAGACCUACCAGCAGCUGGCCAAGGAGACCCUGGAAGAGCUGGACUGGUGCUUGGACCAGUUGGAGACGAUCCAGACCUACCGCUCCGUCAGCGAGAUGGCGUCCAACAAGUUCAAGAGGAUGCUGACCCGUGAGCUCACCCACCUGUCGGAGAUGAGCCGCUCCGGAAACCAGGUCUCCGAGUACAUUUCCAGCACGUUCCUCGACAAGCAGAACGAGGUGGAGAUCCCGCCCCCCACGCAGAAGGAGCGGGACAAGAAGAAGAAGCAGCAGCCCAUGUGCCAGAUCAGCGGCGUGAAGAAACUCAUGCCCAGCUCGGGCCUGACCAACUCCAGCAUCCCCCGCUUCGGGGUCAAAACCGACCAGGAGGAGCUGCUCAGCAAGGAGUUGGAGAAUCUCAACAAGUGGGGCCUGAACAUUUUCCACGUCUCCGAAUAUUCCAGCAGCCGCUCGCUCAGCUGCAUCAUGUACACGAUAUUCCAGGAGAGAGAACUGCUGAAAACCUUCAAGAUCCCAGUGGAGACGCUGUUGACGUACGUGCUGACGCUGGAGGAGCACUACCACGCCGACGUGGCCUACCACAACAGCCUGCACGCCGCCGACGUGAUCCAGUCCACGCACGUCCUGCUGGCCACGCCCGCCCUGGACGCUGUCUUCACCGACCUGGAGAUCCUGGCUGCUCUGUUUGCAGCCGCCAUCCAUGACGUGGAUCACCCGGGCGUCUCCAACCAGUUCCUGAUCAACACCAACUCGGAGCUGGCCCUGAUGUACAACGACGAGUCAGUCCUGGAGAACCACCACCUGGCCGUGGGCUUCAAGCUGCUGCAGGAGGAGAAUUGCGACAUCUUCCAGAGCCUCGGCAAGCGCCAGCGCCAGAUGCUGCGCAAGAUGGUUAUAGACAUG